GCACGCACCCCGCCGCCAACAACAUCACCACCGCCAUCUCCACCAUGCCUGGACUUCCACCCGGAUUGCUCGAGGCCAUCGAGGCCCUGCCCGCGUCGGACACAUGGGGUCCACCAACCACCAGCGAAACGACGCUCAACGGCAUCCCAUAUGCGCCAUUUUCCAAAGGCGACAAGCUCGGCCGCAUGGCCGACUGGACUGCCGAAGGCAAGGAACGUGAAGGACGCGGAGGACGCCAGCAGUACAACAACCGAUAUCGCGACCAGGUGUACGGCGCUUCGGGUCUGCAGACUGCUUUCCAGAUCGAAGGCCAGAAUGAGGAAAGCUCCUUCUCCCUAGUCGACCGCAGCGCACCGACAACGCGGGGCAGAGGAUUCGGGAGAGGUUCUGCCGUUUUCGGACGCGGACGGGGCGGUCGUGGUGGUGCGCAAGGCCAAAGAGGUGGGCGCGGCACAUUUCAGCGUGUUGGAGGUCGUGGUGGAGCACAGCAAUAUGACUCGCGAGGCGGCAGAGGCGGGCGCGGUGGACGCAGAGGAGGGUGGAAAGACUGGGAUAAGCCACAGCGGAAUCGCGAGGCUUCAGUGCAGCCUAAAGACAGCUGGAGAAUGUUGGAUGAGAUCGACUUCAACCGCCUGCAGAAGCUCAAUCUGGACACUGGCGAGGGCGAGGAUCUGGACGAUUAUGGCUUCUUGUACUACUAUGACAGGUCAUACGACAAGCAGCCAGGAGCCCCAACGAGCGUGAGGAAGCUGACAGUGCUGGAUCGUGCUGCGUACAACGUCUCGACUUCUUCCGAUCCGGUCAUCCAAGAGCUGGCUGAGAAGGACGAGGCACAGAUUUUCGCCGCCGACAACAUUCUGUCCAUGUUGAUGUGCGCUCCUCGAAGUGUAUACAGUUGGGAUAUCAUCAUGCUCAAGCAGGGCAACAAGAUCUUCAUUGACAAGCGCGAGGGCAGCAGCCUUGACAUGGUUACUGUCAACGAGAACGCAGCUGAUGCCCCACUGGAGCUGAGCGAGGGCAACAAGGACCAAAUCAACGCUCCAGGCGCUCUCAAGGAGGAGGCCACACAUAUCAACAACAUCUUCCCUCUGCAAGUCGUGCAGGAAUCGGAAAGCUCGAAGCGCGACAUGAACCACGAGCACCCAUUUUACGACCCAGCUUCCGAGACCGACCCUCCAGCGAGCAAAGCGUACAAGUACCGCCGUUUCGAUUUGUCCCUCGAGGCUGACGCGGAACCCCUCCAUCUCAUUGUUCGAUCUGAACUUGAUGCAGUGGUGAAGAAUAACAUCUCGGGCGAGGAUCAAUUCCUCACCAUCAAGGCGCUGAAUGAGUUCGACAACAAGGCGCAAGGUAGUGGAGGCGCCCUUGACUGGCGAACAAAGCUCGCAUCACAGCGUGGUGCCGUUGUUGCAACGGAAAUGAAGAACAACUCGUGCAAGCUCGCGCGAUGGACCACUCAGUCUAUCCUCGCAAAGGCAGACCUCAUGAAACUUGGUUUCGUUUCACGCGCCAACCCCAAGUCUACCACCGAGCACGUCAUUCUCGGUGUAUUGGGCUACAAGCCACGUGAGUUCGCAUCUCAGAUGAACUUGAACCUCAACAACGGCUGGGCUAUCGUUCGCACAUUCGUCGACAUGGUCAUGAAGGAGGACGACGGCAAGUACGUCUUGGUCAAGGACCCGAACAAGCCUACCAUUCGCCUGUACAACGUGCCUCCAAACACAUUCGAGGAGGAUGAAGUCGAGGCGCAGAGUACGAUUCCAGAGAACGAUGAUGAAUAGAUGGGAAAUGCAUGCGGUACCGUGUAUGAGGGGCGGAAGAAGCAGGAGAAGAGGACCUAGCCUCGUCGUUCGUGUACGAAGCGUUUUAUGGAUGCACGUCCGUUAUGAGCACUAAGCAUAGAUGCGUGGCAGACUGCACGAAAAAUGUCACACCACGUUGAUGUCUCGCCAAAUAUCUUGUGCGACGCACCUUCUCGACCCAA